AUGCUCAAGAAGUCGGGAAUUUUGAUUUCAUCAUGCAGUAAUUUGCAAUGCUAUUAUGCAUUUCCCCGCACAUCAACGACGUCACUAUCUCAUUCCCUCUUCGCAUCCCAAAACCAUCAACCACAAUAUCGCUCACAACGACGAAAAUAUGCCAUCGUCUCCGACGGACGAAGUGCAAAUCAACAUGGAGGAUUACAAUGGCCUGAAUUGACAUCCGCAUAUGCGGUUCCAACACCCUACCAAAUCUUCAACCAAAAGAAAGGAUCUCCAUAUUCUAAACGACGCUUUUACGAAUUGGUUAAACUUUAUCAUCCAGAUAAACAUGGCAUCGAUACGAAUGAUGGAUUGGAUUACGACACGAAACUAUCGCGAUACAGAUUAAUUAUUGCAGCCAACGAUAUACUUUCAGAUCCCAUAAAACGAAGUGCAUACGAUACAUAUGGAGCAGGUUGGAAUGGACGGCCGGAAGCCCUCGAUCCUCGCGAUAAACAUGGAGAAAAUCAUGGAUGGGCAGGUCCCGGUGGGCCAAGUCAGAACGCGACAUGGGAAGAUUGGGAGAAAUGGUACAGCCGUGAUGUCAAAGGAGAACAGAAACCUCAAUUCGUAUCAAAUGGUGCAUUUGUCUUGUUAAUUGCAAUUUUUGUGGCGGUAGGUGGAUUAGGACAAUUGACGAGGCUGGAUAAUUAUUCGGCAAAAUUCUUGGAACAGAGAGAUACUUUACAUGAUAAGAUGAGUAAGGAUUUGAGGCAGAGAAGGAAAGAGACGAGAUAUACUUUUGGGAGUAGAGAGGAACGAAUACAUAGUUUCUUGAGACAGAGACAAGAUCCGAAGGAAGAAACUUAUAGGAAAUUGUUGCCGAAUCCAGAGAAAAAGACAUUCAAAGUGGCGCACGUUAAAAAGAUAAUACUAUUCUCACUCCCUUUAUUUGCAUUCUUUGUCGCUCUACUAAUCACGCUGCAAAACGGACCUGGAACGUGGGAAAUCGCUGGACUUGAUCUAGGAUCGGGCGAGGAGAGUAAAGGAGACCUAGAAAUUAUCGGCGAAGAGGAAAUAGAACUAGGGUUGGGAGACAAUAUGGGUGGUGGUAAUGGAUAUCGCGCCGUGGCGUAUUUUGUAAAUUGGGCAAUCUACGGCCGCAAACAUUUUCCCCAAGAUCUCCCUGCCGAGAAGUUAACCCAUAUUCUCUAUGCCUUCGCCAAUGUCCGUCCAGAUUCUGGCGAGGUAUAUAUGACUGAUGGCUGGGCCGACACUGAUAUUCAUUUCGAGGGCGAUUCCUGGAAUGACGUUGGUACUAAUUUAUAUGGUUGCUUGAAGCAACUCAAUAUCCUCAAAUCACGAAAUCGAUCUUUGAAGAUAUUGCUUAGUAUUGGGGGCUGGACCUAUUCCUCCAAUUUCGCCCAACCAGCGUCAACGGAGAGUGGAAGGAGAAAGUUUGCAGAGACUGCAGUGGAUUUGAUAAGGAAUUUGGGAUUUGACGGAAUUGAUAUCGAUUGGGAAUAUCCCAAAAACGCUGAAGAAGCACGAGAUUACGUUCUUUUGUUGAGAGAAUGUAGGGAAGCCAUGGACCGUUAUUCUAACACUCUCCCUACACCCCAUCAUUUCGAACUUACGGUGGCAUGUCCAGCCGGUCCUCAAAAUUACAAUAACAUGGACAUUUAUGGCAUGAACGAAUACCUCGACUUCUGGAACCUAAUGGCAUACGAUUACGCGGGAUCGUGGGAUGGUGUUGCAGGACACCAAGCAAAUGUGCAUGCUAGCCAAUAUAACCCAAACUCCACGCCGUAUAAUACAGAAAAUGCAGUCAGGGCGUAUGAGGCAAGAGGAGUACAUGGCCAUAAAAUUGUACUUGGGAUGCCGAUUUAUGGGAGGGCCUUUCAGGGGACUGAAGGAUUGGGACAACCGUUUAACGGGGUAGGAGAGGGUACUUGGGAAAAUGGCGUGCAUGAUUUCAAAAAGUUACCACAGGAAGGUGCGAGGGAAAUCGUGGAUGAGGAAACCUGUGCUAGUUAUUCAUACAAUGAGAAUACAAAAACCCUCAUAUCGUACGACACAGUCGAUGUCGCCCGCAGAAAGGCUCACUACAUCAAGCAAAGAGGUCUUGGUGGUGCUAUGUGGUGGGAAUCUUCGGCCGAUCAUCCCGAGCCAGAAAAGUCUCUAAUUCACAACGUGGUCAACGUUUUGGGUAUUUUGGAGCAAAGCGAAAAUUGUAUUCAGUAUCCGGGGAAGCCAGCGCGCUCGGGACUUCAUCUCCUUAAGCCCUCUGUUACUCUUCCGCGUGGCGUCUUAGAUGGGCCCAGACGGAUAAUUGACCCAGAUUCCGGUCUAGUAUCCCAGGAAACAACUUCACGGGAACUCCAAGUUUCGGAUUAUCAUUGGGAUUCUCAAUUUGAGGAACUUCUAGAAGCAAAUUGGGAAGAAUCUGAUGACGAUCAAGAGUUCACUGCUGGAGAAGCGAUCACUGCACAAUUUAAACGUAGAAAACCUCGUGUACCACGUUUAAUGCAACUUUCGGUCGAUUCAAUUGUAAAGAACGUUAGCAGUAUUACCUAUGAAAGCAUCAAGAACAUGCCUUCAACGCAGCUUGAGUUUCUUUGGCGGGAACUGUCAAAGAGAUGUGUCAACAGUUUUAAUACUUGGAAGGCUUUUUCAAAAGCUCUCGAUCGAGAUGAAUGUGCCAUUUUAAACCAAUUUCGAUACAGUGGUUCUGUCACAGAGCCAGUUCCGUCCUUAUCUGUCUACACGAAGCCACUCAAAUCAGUCACUUUCGACUUUCUUGUACACUUAUCUAUUACCACUGCUUUCAGCACUUCGAAUAUGGUCGAACUGUCUACACUUGUUAAUUUAGUAGCUCUCGAGAUUUCUAAUCCAAAGCAUGAUAAUCGUGUAAGAACUGCCGGUAAGCAGUUUGAUUCGUGCUUCGGAGAUAGAGUAAUCAAAACCUGGAGCGAGGUCGCAGCGAAGGGAAAGGGAUUCAAAGUCCUGAGAAUCUUAAAGCUUCGAAAUUUCCCGGAGAUUACCAAAAACUGCUUGCAAUACCUAAACGAUUUUCCUGCUUUAGCUGUUUUCGACGUUAUGGACUGUGAUUUCAAUGGAUUGGCUCAACUCAGCGCUGAGAAACUUGGCUGGGAAGUACACCCUGAUGGAGCGUUACUUGAAAUCUUGCAGUCAGACUGUGUAAAGCAUAUUAUGGCUAUGCGCGCAAGUCUUGGACUUCCUGCCAGACCAAUCCGUAGAUCCACUGCUAAACCUCUGUGGGAUAAAGCCAAGAUCACAAUGAUACCUCGAGCAGAUAUAUCAACCCUACUUACAGGAGAAUCUUCGUCCGCAGCAAGAAAUAGCGCGUAUCUUCACGCCGAGGAGCAAGUAAGAGCGAUGGAAAGAACCCCUGCUGGCCGCGCCAAACUCAAGAGAACUGGCCUCUCCCACUUUGAAGCUGUAGAUUUUAUCAGUCGCAAAGAAUAUCGUGAGCUUGAAACUUGGGAAUUCCGUACCCUUACCUCUCUCAAUCGAAUUAGCGAGCUUCGCAACGAUGAGGACUUGCGUGCCGCUGGCCUAAAGGUCGGCGAAUUUGUUCCUAUGGUCUCCGGCGAAUUUAUAUCUUCUAUACCAGUUGCUUCUCUUCGUCUUGGCCCUGAACUAUUUUAUACACCAUCGCGGGCAGAUUUGCAUCAGCCAUUUUACGAUGGCGGAACGAGUGAUAGAUCGCUCAAAUAUACUAGCAAAAACCUCGGAGUUGGCGCAAAGGGUUACGUCUAUACCCGUAUCACGAUACCUACCGCUAGAACCAGAUCCCGACAGCAGGCCAAUGAGACAAUAGAUAACGAUGCUAGUGGCUCAGGAUCUCGACCAAGCAAGCGUAGGAAGGUUAGAGGAGAUAAGAGACAACAAAUAGGUGAUCUCUUAGCGGGAGUAAUGGGAGUUAUAUGA